AUGCAGGACGUAACGCCCACCAGUAAUGGCGUCGCCCAGAGCUCCGAGCCCGCGCAUCAGAGCACUCCGCAAUCCGCCAAUUCGCUGCACGCUGCGGAGCGAGACGCGCAGCCGACUCCCCCAGCAGCUUCGCCGUCCGGCGCCUUGCCACCCGCGCAGUCGCAGCCCUCAGCCGCCUCCGCGCCAGCACCCGCGCAGACGGCAGUCAAGGACGAGACUCCAACCAAUGCGGGCGGCUACGGUACUCGCUCGCGCAACCGGCCGAGUGCUGCGAGGCCCAACUACGCGGAGGACAUAGAGAUGGAUUUUGAAAUACCUGCUGCAAAUGGCAGCAAUGGAACCUCCUCCGAGCGCACCACUCGCAGCCCGGCCGCCGGAACGGAUGCUGGUCAAUCCCCUGCACCGAACGCCAAGAAGUCGGCUUCGACGACGAAUGGGACGCCUGCCGCAACCGCUGCAAGCAAGGACCCCUCAAUCCCCGGGACUCUGACCUUUUCCGCGAACCCAAACGCAAACGCCGGGACUGCUACUCAAGGCAAGAAAAGAAAGGCGGGUGGUGCGCAUGCGGCCGCAUCCGCUAAUACCGCUUCCUCGGCCGCUCCCACUUCCGCUGCGUCGAGGCGAAAAGAAACCGCGAUCGCGUCCAACCUGAUCCGCGAGACCAACAUGAUGACCUUCGAGAAAUCCGGCUCAAGGUUAAAACGUGGGAAGCUGGAAGCUGAUGAUGGCACUGCACUUGCAGUUGAUGACCAUGCCUACCUCGUUUGCGAGCCCCCUGGGGAGCCGUACUACCUAUGCCGGAUCAUGGAAUUUCUUCAUGUGGACAGCGAGAAUCCCGCGUCUCCUGUCGAUUCUUUACGCGUGAACUGGUUCUAUCGGCCCCGCGAUGUGCUGCGCUAUAACAACGACACCCGUCUGGUUUAUGGGACAAUGCAUUCAGACAUCUGCCCCCUCACGUCUCUCCGCGGCAAGUGCACCAUUCGGCAUCGUAGCGAAAUCUCCGAUCUCGACGAGUUCCGGAGGUCCAAGGAUUCAUUCUGGUACAAUCAAGUCUUCGAUCGAUUCAUCCACAGAUGGUACGAGGUUAUUCCCGUAUCACAGGUCAUCAAUGUUCCCGAGAAGGUCAAGAGGGCAUUAGACGAGAGAUGGAAGUUUGUCGUUGUAGAGACGAGUCGUGUCAAAGAGUUGACUAGCGCGGUGAAGACCUGCAAACGCUGCUCGCAAUAUUGCGCAAACAACGAUUCCGUUGAAUGCGCCGUUUGCCACAAUACUUACCACAUGAACUGCGUUCGGCCACCACUUUUGAAGAAGCCAUCGAGGGGUUUUGCCUGGGCUUGUGGUCCUUGCGGCAGAGCGCAGGAACGGAAAUUGGAAGCGCGGCGAACGCCGAUCAUUGGUGAAGCGGCAGCUUCGCAAGAGGAAGAGGAAAUGGUCGACGAGGAAGAAGAAGAUCCUGGCGCGCUGAUCAAUACAACCGCCCCGAGCCCCAAUGGGUCUGACGCCCCGGUUGAUGACCAUCCAGCAACCCAAGCCGAGAUCGCGUUGGCAAAAAUGUGGCCCAUGCGGUAUCUUGGAAUCCAUUGCCGCGUGGAGGACGCGCUGCAAUACGAUGACCGCGCCAUUUACCCCCGCGCAAGCUCCCGUCUUGGCCCCAGGCACCAAGCGAACGUCAAUGUGUGGCAUGGCAGGCCAGUCGAACUCGUCAAGCCGGCAGAAAUCAGAAAACGUUACAACAAGGGUCCAGCUCACAAGAAGGACCCCAAACUUUCAAAGGAGGACCUAGAAGCAGAUAGGGCGGAGAAGGCAAAGAGACCGAAGUGGGUCCAAGAUGAGCCAGUGGGUUACGUCCGGCGCGGCGAAGAUUUUCCGAACGACGACCCGAGGUGCACGGCCAAGACACUCUUCAAGAUGCCUUCGGAGUCCGUGCGCGGCGAAGACGAUGCGCCCGUUGACCGCGAGAAACUCAUCGAUGAUUACAUGUUGAAAGCCAGGACGGAAGCUGCUAAGAUCGUCGGCGUUCAAGAAUACAACACUAAUUUUCUCACCAAAGCCAUUGAGUUGUUCUACGCCAACAAUUACAACUCAGAUGCCGCCCUCGAACAACUGAAAAAAAUAAACAGACGAAAGGACUUGAGGGAACCCGAACCGAACAAGGAGGAGAAGAAGCGCUUCGAAGAAGCAGUGGCAAAAUAUGGCUCCGAGCUCCGUAACGUUCGCCUCCACGUCAGGACCAUGUCCCACGCCGAUGUCGUCCGCUACUAUUACUUGUGGAAGAAGACUCCUAAAGGAAAAGAAAUUUGGGGGAACUACGAUGGUCGCAAGGGCAAGAAUCAGAAGGUCGCCGACUCCACGUCGAAACUUGUCGACGACAUUGCGGAUGAUGUGGAUGACUCUGCCUUUGAUGUCGAAAAAGCCGAGGCUCGCAAGAAAAUCUUUGUGUGCAAGUUCUGCACCACGAAGAUGUCACGACAGUGGCGUAGAGCUCCCGGGGUUGCGCCAGGGCAGACUGUCCCAGCCGAUGGCCGCAGCAAAGAUAAGGGAUCGCACCUAAUCCCUGCCCUUUGCCAGCGAUGCGCCCGCCUCUGGAGGAAAUAUGCUAUCAAGUAUGAGGACGCCGAGGAGCUCAUCAAGAAGAUGUCUGCAGCAGGCGGAAAGAAAUGGAGGAAGUUGAUCGAUCAGGAGCUCAUGGACGAAUUAAAUGCCGCCCAAAAUGCGCCUCCGGAGCCAAUUCCGAGCAUCGAGCCGGCCGACCCUCAAGCCCAUGCCAUAACAGAACCUCCUCGGAAAAAGCAGAAGGGUGCUGCUGACAAGGACUCCAGCCAACAUACGUCAGCGGAGCCUCCGACCAAAAAGAAGACUACAGCGGUUCCACCGAAGCCUCCCACCCCUCCGCCGCAGCCCGUUAUGCCAAAGAUGCGGGAGCUCCCUUGUGCCGUCUGCCUGCAGAUGGAGCCUUUGGGCGAUCAACGCCUUGUGUGUAGGGAAUGCAGGCUAACUGUCCAUCGUCAAUGUUACGGGGUGACCGAGUCGCGGUCCGGAAAGUGGGUUUGCGAUCAGUGCAAGAAUGACAAGAAAGAGACAGUAUCUUACACAUACGAAUGCGUCCUCUGUCCUGUUAAGGAGACUGAACAGGAACUGAUCGAGCCUCCGAAGGUUUCCCACAAGAAAAAGACUGACAAGGAGCGGGAGAAGGAGCGACUUGAGAAGGAAUUGCGUAUGCAAAAGCUAAAGGAGUAUCAGCAACAUCAGCGAGACAAGGGAAGACCGGAACUUCCUCGUGAACCACUGAAAAAGACUGCAGAGAACAACUGGGUGCAUCUGCACUGCGCGGUCUGGACGCCGGAACUGAAAUUCACCAACCCUAAGAUCUAUGAGCUGGUGGAAGGCGUAGGCACCCCAACGAUAAAAUACGAUCAGGUCUGCAAGAUAUGCAAGACCGCGAAGGGCGCUUGUGUGGCUUGCCACCAAUGCCAUGCGUCCUUCCAUGUAGGAUGCGCUCAUUCAGCAGGGUACAUUUUCGGAUUCGAUGUCACGCCAGUCAAGAGUUCCCGACGAGACGCCGUUCCGACCUUCACGCUUGGCCAAGAGACCGGGUCAUUAGCCGCCGCAAUCUGGUGCAAGGACCACACUCCCAAAACCAUAGUACAUCCUCUCAACGAACCAGUUGAUGAACACGGGAUGACGGCACUGCAACUCUAUGUGCAGAAUUACAAGCAAGCCGAUCAGACAUUGACGGGUACCGCUCGGAAAGCCAAUCUCCUGGACCAGUUCACCAAAAGCAUUGCGCCUCCAGCGGCGGCUACGCCAAUCAACCGUCGAACCUCGACGGUGCAAGGUGGCACGAGAUCAGCAAGGAACUCCUCGGCCGGUCUACCAAAAACAGAAGAACCUGAUGAGAUGCCGAAUGGUUCGUUUGCUGAUGUUAAAGAGGAACGUAAGUGCGAGAUCUGCGACAUCGAGGUGUCCCCUAAAUGGUGGAAGGCCGAGGACUCGCAGGAUACAGCUGUCGUUCCUGGGUCAAAUCCGGAUCAACCAAUCAAUACUAUCGAGGGCACACCUGUUGGUGCUCCGCAAUCCGAGGGGCCUAGGUUUCCGAAUGGUAUCAUCCAUCCUGAGCAGCCCGGCUUUGCCAAGGAGACGUUGUCCAAUGGGAAAGUCACGACGUCCGAUGGCAUCCCAAUUCCUCGCGCAGGCACUUACCUCUGCAACAACCUGUCAGAUCUCCGCCUCGACAAUACGCACCAGCACCAGCCCCGCCGAUGCAUCACUGGCCGCCUAUUGCGGGCCCUCCUCCGCAUGCAAGCGCACCUCUUCCUGCAUGGGGAGCGCACCCGCCACCACCCCCACCAAUCAGCAACGGAGUGGCUCAUUCACCACAGCCUGGUGCGCCUCCUCACGGUCCGCCAAUCCAUCAUCCGUACCACCCUGCAGUGA